AUGGAGAUUUCUUCCCACCAGUUUCACCUGCUGGAGCAGCUAAACGAACAGCGGAAGCAGGACCUGUUCUGUGACUGCAACAUCCUGGUGGAGGGGAAGGUCUUCAAGGCCCAUCGCAAUGUGCUGUUUGCCAGCAGCGGCUACUUCAAAAUGCUCCUUUCUCAGGGCUUGAAGGAGAUGACUCAGCCCAUGGUAGUGACUUUUGAGGUCUUCUCCCCAGAGACAUUUAUGGUUAUCUUGGACUUUGUGUACUCAGGUGUGCUAUCUUUAACUGGUCAAAACGUGAUCGAAGUCAUCUCAGCUGCCAGCUACCUGCAGAUGACUGAUAUCCUUAAUGUCUGCAAGACAUUCAUUAAGUCCUCACUGGAUAUUAAUGAGAAGGAAAAGGAUCAUUACCUCAGCCUUUCAGCCAAGAGCACCAACACCGAACCUGCCCAUCCGCCUCUUUACCGCUCAAGAAGGAAAGCGAAGAGCAACCCGCGGCGUUCCUGUUCCAUCCCGGAUGAAAAGGCAAACCCAGCGAAUGAGAAUUCCUGGAGCAGCUGCAGCAGCUCCCAGGUGAUUCUCCAGCGGGCAGAGACUCAGCUGUCCAAGAGAGGCAGGAAGCAGAGCUCUGCCAGGAGGCGCCGCAAGCUGCUGGGGCUGUCGCAGAGCUGCGACCUGGCUCCGCGCAAAGCCAGCAGAGGCGAGCGGAGCAGCGCUGGGGGCAACGCUGCGGCCUCCCAGGAUGGAGAGGAGCCUGGGGUGGAUGCUGAGAAUGAUGUUGGGCAUGAGUAUGGAUACAAUCAUGAACCAGAAGGGGUGGGUUCUGACCUUGUUGCCUGCGUUUGUGUCACAGACGAGCUGCCUCGGACGCGGUUCAAGUGCCCCUUCUGCACGCACACGGUGAAGCGCCGCGCGGACCUGAAGCGGCACCUCCGCUGUCACACCGGGGAGCGGCCCUACCCCUGCAAGGAGUGUGGCAAGAGGUUCACCCGACUGGAGCACCUAAGGAACCACUUCCAAACGAUACAUCAGGCUGGCAAACUGAUCUGCAGGAAGUGCAAGCGUCAGGUCACGGAGCUAACGGGAUGCAUCGUUCAGCAAGGGACCAGGCGCUACAGACUGUGCCACCAGUGCCUGGGGGAAGCUAAUUUUGACAGCAUCCCUGAUGAUUUGGAUGCAGAACAUUCUCCUGUCUCCUCCCUGGGAAACAAACGUUCCAAAUGGGCUUUGGAGAAGGGACAGAAAUCAGAUGAAGAGACAGUGGAGGAGGAACCCUAUAACCUGGUUGUCCGCCGGGUUAACGGCGAUGGCCCAGAUAAAGGAGAUGAAAAGGUGAAGCCAAAUCUUAGGUAG